AUGGCCUCAAAUUCAGACGCGUUCGAGAGCCUACGUGUGGAGAUUAAUGCUAAUAUCGUUCGGAAACUGUUGAGACAAGGUGAAGCGACAGCUCAGUUUGCUCCGCGAGGAACUUCCGAAAAUGUGCUGCUGUCGUCUCCCACUACUUUGUGGCUAUUUUUCGACAGCCUUCAAUUGUCUGAGAUCCAAAUUCCAGACCAGGCGAGCAUCACCAAAGCGAAUCUGUUUCGAAACAUCCACGAAAGAAACCUCUAUACUUUCCUAGCUAUCCUGAUCUUUAGUCAUUGCUCUUUCGAGGCAGUGCGAACCUUCACCAUUGAACUCCUCGCCAAGGAUGAGAAUACAUGGCGGAUGGAUGUCUGUGGACUACCGGUGAAACGUAAAAUACUACAAAAUCUCUUCGGGGAAGAAAACGCGGAGAAAUUUUUGCGUCAUCAGGCGUGUUUCUGUCCUGUGGUGAUCGGGGAACAAGAUCUGUUCACUCAAAUUGACCUCAAAGAACAAAGACUUCCUUAUUUGGAAGAAAAACUCAUCAUCAAGAAGGAGAUCGGGCAAAAGGCAGAGAUUUACGCAGUCAUCGUUGCCGAAGGCCACUUCCGCUACCGUGAUGGGAAUACAAAUCUGAGUCCCAAGACGAUAGCCCGUAAAGACUACGAAGUUAACGAGGAACAAAUGGGGCAUGAAACUAUGAAAAAGAUCCUAUCAGCCGACAGAAGGAGCGAAAACAUCAUCAAAAUUUUUGGCAUACUAGACAUUGGUCAAGGAGAGUAUAGUUUGUUCAUGCCUCUUGCCCUUUGUGACUUGAAAGCGUAUAUGGAAGACCCUCAUGCACAGCGUGUGGAGAAGAGCGACAUGAUCAACUCUGCCCGGGGAGUUGCAAGAGGACUGGAAUUUCUUCAUCAUGAGAUGAAGUCGGAUGGCGAUGAUAUCGUCUGCUAUCAUAUGGACCUCAAACCUAAAAACAUCUUGAUAUUCCCAGAGAAAGUGAAUGGGAAAGUAUAUCAUGUUUGGAAAAUAAGUGAUUUUGGAAACUCAUGUGUGGUGAUCAAAAGCCGCAGGGCAGCAGAAGUUCGCGAUGACUCCAAGACAUGGUUUGUCCAACGAAGAGCAAGAGAAGAACAAAGCCAACCGGGUCCUUCAACGGUGAAACAGAUAUCAAGCACAUACCUGGGCCCUGAGUCUCUCUUCAAAAACCCAAGUAUGAAUACAAGUAGCGAUGUAUGGUCCCUGGGCUGUAUAAUCAGCGUUGUGUUCACAUAUAUGGAGGAAGGCAGAGAGGGUGUCAUUCAAUACGCAAAUGCCAGAAUGAAACGAGGGAGAUUCGAUCGUUUUUUCCAACGUGAUCGAAUGUUUCUUUCCCAUGCUCCUCACCCGGAGGUCUUAAAAUGGCAUCAUGACUUGAUCAAACAAGCAGAACAACGAAGCCGUGCGGAGGGAGAAGCUGUGAAAUCGAUUCUUAAGUUUGUUGAGGAAAGGGUUCUCCUCCUUGAUCAAUCAAGACGAUGUGAUGUCAGGGAUAUAGUAAGUGAGCUUCUCAAAACUCAAGACAUGUAUAGGGCCUUGGAAAACCCCCCAAGGACGCCAACUGCAUCAGAGGAGACACAAUCUUCUUCCAGCGAAAGACCCAAAAAAUGGCGAGAAAGGCUUCGAAGAUUGCCUAGAGCCGAGCCCGAGAACAAAAUACGAUGGUCAAUCAAAACCAAUGAGUACUUUGGAGGCUGCGAAAUCUCACCUUUAGGAUCCAUCAUUGCUUUAUGGAACGAUAAGAAGAUAUCACUGUACACCUCGGAAUAUGCACAUUCGACAGGGAACGGGAUCAACGAAGCAGCCGUGGCGGAACCCUUGGAGUAUCUAAUUGAUAUGUCCGGUUGUGUCUGGAAAAGCAUAAGUUUGACAGAUAAGUAUUUGGUCGCUUCGGUCACUUCUGUCACUGCAAGUGGUCCCUCUGUGGAAAUGUGUUAUAUCUUCAAGCUACACAAUUCUCCAGUCUCUUCGAUACCUAUCAACUUCAGGUUAAUACGGCGGGUUUCUAUGCCAUCCACGGUUAUGAAGCUAGUAAUCUCAUCGGAUAACAAAACAAUUCUAUGCGUUCUGCGAGAGAACUCUGGAAGCUUGGAGAAAAGCUCGCUUUAUGAAAUUCCUGUCACACAAUCUGGCCUUGAAUAUCGAAAGCUUCGCACAGCAGAUUGGCCAGCAAAAGAAGUUACUCAACUUUCUUUCGGACCCGACUACCGUAGUGAUGCAACACUCUUUACCACCUUCGCCCCCUUCUACAGAGCUCCUCAUACUUGCACUUUUGUUACUCGUGAGAAAAGGCUGGAGAUCGCUAGCUACAUAUCAGGGCCUCCCGAAAGAAUUCAUGCAGACAUUAAUAAAUAUCGAGUAGGAAAGUUGAUGGUUACCCCGGAUGAUAGGAAGUUUUAUGCAUUGGGAAAACAGUCCGGGAGAGCUCCGAUGAUUCUACUGGAGCUGACAAUUCCUCGAUCCCAAGAUGGUGUAGAGAAAGUCAAAGGGAAAGAAAUUUCUCAGUUACCAGAUUGGGAAUACGAUGAGGUGACGGCGAAACUGUCAUUUUCAAGUGAAGAUAAUAAUCAUCGCAUCCUGAUUGUUAAAAAGGGUAAGAGUGAAUAUGAAAUAUUUAGCAUUCGCCUUCCAGGGCCAAAUACGUAG